AUGGCAGAAGUUUGCGAUCGUGCAGAAAUUCGUGAGAAAAGUGAAAGUGAUUUGGAGCUGGGUAAGGGCUUUAUGAGAGCGAGCGAAAGUGCUUCGGACUCAGCUGGCGCGAGGGACGGUGGCGGCAGAAGGUAUCCUGUGAUUGUGUUCGUGCAUGGCGAGAGCUACGAAUGGAGCAGCGGAAAUCCUUACGACGGCAGCGUCCUGGCAAGUUACGGGGGCGUCGUCGUCGUCACCAUCAACUAUAGACUCGGUAUUCUGGGCUUUCUAAAUGCCAACACAGACUCGCACUUACGCUCGCCAGCGAAUUACGGUCUGAUGGACCAGAUCGCAGCGUUACAUUGGGUACAGGAGAACAUCGCUUAUUUUGGGGGCGAUCCCAAAAACGUCACGCUGGUAGGACACGGCACCGGCGCCGCUUGCGUGAACUUCCUGAUGACCAGCCACGCGGUUCCUGAUGGUCUGCUGUUUCAUCGAGGCGUUCUGAUGUCAGGCAGCGCGCUUUCACCGUGGGCGUUAGUGAGAGGCGCCGCCAAUUACGCCAUGCAGGUCGCCAAACACCUAAAUUGUUCAUCGGUAGCGGAAGAUCCUCAGGCUCUGUUAAAAUGUCUGAGAGAUGUGUCUUUGAGUGAAUUGGUAUCGGUGCCUGUUAAAGGGCUGGAGUUCGCACCAGCUUUUGGCCCCAGUAUAGACGGCGUUAUAAUCGAUCCUGGCGAUCCCGAGGAUCAGGACUACACCCUGCAAGUCGACACGAUCAAUACGCUCAACAACAUCCUUCUGAGAAAGGACGUCGUCGCGAAACUGUCGAGGUACGAUUUGAUGGUGGGUGUUGUUCGUUCCGAGGCGUAUUUUUCGUUAACCGCCGACGACGCUCAGUACGGGAUUGAGGCUGAUAGGAGGACGAAGAUUCUGCGCGAAUUCGUGCGGAACACGUACACGUAUCACCAGCCGGAAAUUCUAGCAACUAUAAUAAACGAGUAUACGGAUUGGGAACGACCCGUGCAACAUCCCGUCAAUAUUAGGGACGAGACUCUCGAGGCCCUGGGGGACGCGAAUACAGUCGCUCCGGCAACGAGAACAGCGGAUCUUCACAGUCAAUCCCACAGAAACUCCUAUCUGUAUGUCUUCGACUAUCAAACGAAAUUCGGAGACUAUCCUCAGAGGCCGGGAUGUAUCCACGGGGAGGAGCUGCCAUAUUUUUUCGGAGCGCCCCUUGUUGGAGGUUUGUCUCAUUGGCCGAAGAACUAUACCAGAGCCGAGAUAGCGCUCUCCGAGAGUGUGAUACUCUAUUUGACAAACUUUGCACGUACCGGGAAUCCGAACGAGGGCACUCCUGAUCCUGGACCCCUCGGUUCCAGACCGGAAAGGACCAAGUUCAAAAAUAUCGACUGGACCGCUUAUGAGGCCGUCCAUAAAAAAUAUCUUAGCAUAGGUGAGUCUCUGUAA